GUCGCAGUCUUCGGUGUACGCUUGCUGGGGGUGUAAUAUAAGUCGGUGAUUGUCAGCUUUGGAAUGCUUUGUUACGCUUUGGAGUGAAAACGGACCUUCACACUACUGCAGGGAUCAACCGUUGCAUGAACGGACACGACUUUACAAUUAACCUUUAUUAAAUCCGGAGAAUACAGCGCUCCUCGUCACUUCGCCUUCAAAGUUACUAAAGCCUGCAGGUGUCCGUCCCCAGGGAGGAGGCCUUCCCUUUCUCCAGCAUGUCCUCCGAAGCGACAUCUCCAGUGCGGGGGGGACCCCAGCCAUCAUCGCCCGUGUCCCCGGGGUCUCCGGGGUCCCCGCUGUCCCCCAACUCCCUGAGCCUGCCCAAGUUCCGCCCGCGCGACCGCUCGCCCUCCCCAAUGCGAGGCUACCUGAUCCCCAGCCCCCUGCCGACCCGCCGCAACCGUACCUGCUCCGCCACAGCGCGUGCGUCAGAGGGCCCCGUCUUCACCGGGGUCUGCAAGUGCUUCUCACGCUCCAAAGGGCACGGCUUCAUCACGCCGUCUGAGGGCGGCAGCGACAUCUUCGUGCACAUCUCAGACGUCGAGGGGGAGUACGUCCCCAUGGAGGGCGAUGAGGUCAGCUACAAAGUCUGCUCCAUCCCGCCGAAGCACGAGAAGAUCCAGGCGGUGGAGGUGACCAUCACCCACCUGGCGCCGGGCACCAAGCACGAAACGUGGUCCGGGAACGUGAUCAGCUCGUAGAGGAGACUGGCUGAGCCCACACGCCUCGCCCCGAACUGCCGGCACGCCUUCAGAAAAACGGUGCUCUACUGGACGGGAGGGAUGAUUGGUCAGUCAGAGGAGUGCGAAGACAGCCAUGCUAAUUUUUCCCCUUUUUUUCUUUUUUUUUGAGGGGGGUUUGAUUGCAUUGAUAUUUUGUUGGAAUAAAACACAUCUUGGCACUGAAAAAAAGUCACAUAAGCAUAGCGUAAUUUUGUCUUGGGGUGGUUGUGUUGAUAUUUGAAUGGAAGAAAGCAUCUCUACACUGAGGAAAAAAAUACCUUAAGAAAAUGUUUAACUUUUUUUUUAUUAUUAAUCUCAUAUUUGUUGUUCCAUGUCUGUGGCAGAAAAAGCAAAUUCUUACUAGCUCAACUCCUUUACCUUAUAUUCCACAUCCUAGACAUCAUAGGUUCAUUUGCUUCAUGCCUGCAUCUUAUUAUAAUGGAGCAUUGGCAUGAUUGGGUUUUACCAUUAUUACUGUUACUGUUUUUAUCAUUCACUACUUUGAUCCAGACCUCAGAUUUGUCUUCUCUUAUAAGUAAUAUAUUAAAAUAUACUCUCAAAAUUCUGAGGAAUAUUAAACCUAUGCCAAGAGACUGUACUGCACAGCUUAGAAAACAUUCCAAUUAUUACCAUUAUAUAUGUAAAUUUGACCACUGUCAGGUUGCAUAUAAUGGGAAAUUUACUGUACAAUAUUCAACAUACAGUAUACUCUUUGGAAAUUCCAUUGUCUGAAAGUCACAGUUUUGCACCUUAUUCCUGAUUUUAGAUUUCCUAUUUUCCCAUAUUUCUUAAUGAGGGUUGAGAAAUUGCAUAUUGCUCAAAGACUCUUUGCUGUCAGACAAUUUAUAUUACAUUAUAUUACAAUUUAUAUUAUAUUAUUUAUAUUGGAAAAACCAUCCUCAUCUGUCAUCCCACAUUCCCACAUUGGAUGUAGUCUUUGCAGGUGAGCUGACAUGUCGCAGGACAGAUAUACUCCAAGCCUUAAUGCUGUUCUAACCUUCUGUUGUACAUUGUGUUAGAUUUAUACAAGUGUAGUUUCAUUUUGAAUGAUUUUCACUGAUCAGGUAUCAAACACAGUUCACACUGCUAUGUGCCUGCCUGCUAUCAGAAUUUAUUCUGUACCUGGAAUUAAGUGUUAAAUAAAAUGGAAUAGUGAAAAUACAGACAUCUUUAAUAUCAGUGUUUGUCUCAUUUGCACCAUAAGAUACAUUUUCCAGUUUCACACCUUUGCCUAUGCUGGGAAUAAAUGAUGCCAAUGUGUUUAAACAGCCACUGAUUUACAGAUUUUCUGAUUAGUAAACUAAACGUAAGGUAAAUUAGCAGCUCUGUUCCCCCUGUUGAAAAAUGGUCACCCACAGCUUUCCCUGAAACUAAAUCACACAAAGCCUCACUUGGAUUAAUCAAAAUGUUGAAGGUUUAUUUAAAUACACAUAGAUUUUUCUUUAGACAACAACAGUUAGACCAACUUGAAUUAAUUACAUCAAUAAUUGGCAAUCCUUACUUCACAGAACAGUGUUAACAAAACAGUUUUUUUUUUCUUCAUGUCUUUACUUGUUAACGAGGCUGUGGAUAAAAACACAAUUCUCUAUACGGCACUGACUUGCACAUUCUUACCACGUUUUUUUUUUUUUUUUUCCUUUUUUCGAGGACAUAGUCAAAUUCUAUCGCCCUAGAUCUGAGAGAGAGGCUUAAGUGAACGUUGUCCACAACACUUAAAACACUUAAGAGGCAUUCAAAACAAUUUACCUAUCUUGCAUGUUUAAAAUGGAUUUGGCUGCACCAUGGAGAAAAUGCCUUAAUGUAUGUCACUCAAUAAUACUUGCAUGUUAUAUGGAUUCCACAGGUCCAUGAAUACAUCUGGCACCUUAACUGCAACCUGAAUUAAAAUGAUGUAAACAGAUGCAAAUAUAUAUUUGUACACGUGUAUAUACUGUUUUUAAAUGAGAGAUUAUAGGAAUAUUGUCCCCUGGCUUGAUUGUGAGUGCAGUAAACUCUGCCCUGGUGACAGUAGGGGGCGCCAUUCUCUGCUGUAGUCCAUUCACGUCUUGCACAUCUGAAUUUUAGAGGGGGGUGGAGGGAAAUACACACUGGUGUACAACAUUUUGGCAGUUGGAUUGAGACCUUUAUGUCAAAGCUUAAGAAUAAAGAUAAAAAAAAAAAAAAA